AUGUCUCCCAUACACCCACAGAUUACAUCGUCAUCCUCAGCAGAGGAAGUUAGGAACCAGGAGCCACUGGACGCCCCAAAGCUGGAGUCUCACGCGUCUCAUGCGGGCAAGAAAUGUCAUUACGAAAAGUAUCGAAGCCCCGUGCAGACCCUAGUCGGGGGGCGUGAAAGACAAACAGACAGCCAUGCCGCAUGCGUCCUCCCACGCAGACACCUGGAGAGACUCUUCCUAGACGCAGCCGUUCACCCCAGCUUGGGGUCAGUGGUCGCCGUGGUCCGCUUCAUAGGGGCCAUAUACGGACGUUCAGACCGGUCCGCCCAGCUGAGAGAGCAAGCAAGGAGAAACAUCUCAUGCCCGACCGACUCGCCGGGGGUUCCGCACGCCGACCCCUUUCUGGUUCAAGCACGUCUCCUCUUCUCCAUCGCCCUCUUUUGGAGCAGCGACGAGGCCGAAACGCAGCAAAUUAUGGAUGGUGCCGUGUCCCUAGCCCUGGACCUGCCGACACUCUACAUCGUCGAUGCUUACUACGCGGACAUGCAGCGGUCUAUGAACUAUCCAACCCGGGACCUUCGGGCUACCGUUGGUCUUCCUUGCGAGGAGACCGACAUGAAUUGGGCGUGCCUCAUCGACGCAGUCGACGCCAUCAUUGACGGAUGGCUCCUUUUGCUGCCCGAGUCCAAGCGGCACGUCAUGACCAAGGAAGGCGUUGUCGACGAGCUCAUGUUCCAAGCUCAGAUGGUAUGCACGCACCAUAGAUGGAUCAUCGGCUGCCACCGACAACACUCCGCCCUCCUGUUCCACCCACUCGAGAUCAUCUCGAGCUGCGCAACCGGGGGCCCCGACAACCUCCUCGCCGCCGGGGAGCUGGUCAACAUCCAUACCACGCGGUGUCUGCGGUCCAUCGAGGCCCAAAUCAGGCCCCUGGCCCUCCCGGCCCGAUCGUUCCGCCACACGCCCUUCACGGACCUGCAUGGUGACGACGGGGACGGUCCCCCUGCUCUCGGCCUGCAAGUUCCUCCUGAAGGACGAGAAGCUCAAGAUUGCCAGGCACCAGAUCCGGCUGAGCAUCGGCUGCCUCAGGGCGCUGGCGGACUUUUGGCCGCAGGCGGCCCUGAACGGAACGUCCGGGAGAUCCAGCACAUCUCCCAGGAAGUGCUGGGGCUUGCGCCGAAGACUGGGUCCUCCGAUUCAGUCGAUUGUCACGAGAGCUCGAUGGAGGGGAGCUUGGCUCGGGAUGCCUUCUCUUUUGCUUUCCAUGGAGAGUCUGAGUCUUCAACCCAACUGGGACUUGACCAACGCUCAUUUCAAUUGCGGGCCAUGGCCUGA